CCGAACUGCAUUACAAGAAAAUGUAAAUAGAUUUGUGACCGUGCAGUUUUCAGUUUAGAGGUAAAGAGACCCGGUGUCGCAAUGCCCUAUUUGGGCUCGGAAGAGACGGUGAAGGAGCUGAAGAGGGCUCUCUCCAACCCUAACGUCCAGUCUGACCGGCUGCGCUACAGAAAUGUCAUCCUUCGUGUCAUCCGGUUCAUGACCCAGGGCCUGGACAUGUCGCCCCUCUUCAUGGAGAUGGUGAAGGCCAGCGCCACAGUGGACAUUGUCCAGAAGAAGCUGGUCUAUCUGUACAUGUGCACGUAUGCGAGCCUGAAGCCCGACCUGGCCCUGCUGGCCAUCAACACCCUCCGCAAGGACUGUGCUGACCCCAACCCUAUGGUGCGUGGCCUGGCACUCAGAAACAUGUGCAACCUCAGGAUGCCCGGUAUCACAGAGUACAUCCAGCAGCCCGUCCUCUUGGGUCUGAGGGACAAGGCCUCAUACGUGAGGAGGGUGGCCGUUUUGGGCUGUGCCAAGAUGCAGAACCUGCAGCCCGAUGCUGAAAUAGAUGGCGCUGUGGUGAACGAGCUGUACGGUCUUCUGCGGGACCCAGACCCAGUGGUGAUGGUCAACUGCCUCCGUGCCUUGGAGGAAAUCCUGAAGGAUGAAGGGGGCAUUGUCAUAAACAAGCCUAUCGCCCACCACCUUUUGAACAGGCUGAAGGACCUGGACAGCUGGGGGCAGAGCGAGGCCCUGACCUUCCUGCUGCGCUACCAGCCACGGGAUGAGGACGAGCUCUUCGACAUCCUCAACCUGCUGGACGGCUUCCUGCACAGCGCCCACAGCGGUGUCAUGGCCGCCACGCUCCGCCUCUUCCUGCAGCUGGCCGCCGCCCACCCCGCCGUGCAGGCGGACGCCCUGGGGCGGGCCCGGGGCCCCCUGCUGGCCACCUGCACCGCCCACUCGCGGGAGCUGCGCUUCGCUGGGCUGUGCCACGUCCAGCAGGUCCUCCGCAGCCUGCCCGCCCACUUCAGCGCCCACUACAAGAAGUUCUUCUGCAGCUACUCGGAGCCCAGCUACAUCAAGUUCCGCAAGAUGGAGAUCCUGGUGGAGCUGGUGAAUGACGAGAACGUGGUGCUGGUUCUGGAAGAGCUGCAGGCCUACUGCACCGACGUCUCUCCCGAGCUGGCCCAGGCGGCCAUCUUCGCUGUCGGGCGCAUCGGGAGGAUGUACAGCGAGAAGUGUCUGAGCAUCCUCACUGGCCUUCUGGGCCUCAAGCAGGACCACAUCACUUCAGCGGUGGUCCAGACCUUCCGUGACCUGGUCUGGCUGUGUCCUCAGUGCACCCCGUCUGUGUGCGCAGCCAUUGUAGGCUGCGAGGACAGCAUCCAGGACAGCGAGGGGAAGCAGGCCUUGAUCUGGCUGCUGGGAGUCCACGGGGACCAAAUCUCAAAUGCCCCCUACGUGCUGGAGGAAUAUAUUGAUGGGCUGAAGGCAGAGCUGUCCUCCAUGGUGAAGCUGGAGCUCAUAACAGCCACUGUGAGACUGUUCCUGUCCCGACCUGCGGAGACCCAGGACAUGCUGGGACGCUUGCUUCACUACUGCAUAGAGGAAGAGAGUAACAUGUGUGUGCGUGACCGCGCCCUGAUGUGUUACCGCCUGCUGCAGUGUGGCGUGGAGGAGACGCGCUGCCUCCUGGUCGGGCCCAAGUCUGACCCCUCCCUGGGCGUGAUCGUAGGUCGACCUGAGGAGCCGGUCAACAGCUGGGCUCCCCAUUUCAACACCCUGCAGCCCAUGUCCAGCCGGGAAUCAUGGGCUGUGGCUGCCACUAGGGGCAGCGCUGAGCAGCCAACCCAGAGCACUGCAGUUCCCUCCUUGGCAGUGGUGGAGACCGGAGAGGCUGCAGCAUCAUCCUGUCCAGCCGAUGGAAGCGGGGACUUCAGCCUGACCCUGGAGCCCUCCCUUUCACCUGAGGCCUUUGAAAAGCACUGGCUGGAGUUGGAGAUUUCCCAUACUGAAACUCUGGCAUGCUCUGGGCCCCGGUCUCCCCCGGAGACCCUUCAGGCUGCCCUGCAGCUGGUCAAAAUCCAGGUCCUGGCUUUCAGUCGGCCGAACGUCCUCCCCUGGAAGGUCUACCUGUACACCCACGGCUUGAGCACCCUGAUCCUGGCAGAACUGCUGGAGACCGCAGGUGCCGACUCUGACAGUCUCCUGGUGACGGUCAAACAGAAGCCAAAGGACGAGCGCAUUUUGCAGGGGUUUAUGUCUGUGCUGCGGACGGUGCUGCAGACUGUGACCAGUGACAGCACGUGAUCUCUGCCCUCAGGCUGCCUGUCCACGUCACUUUAAAGCAGGAGCAUACAUAAAAUAGUGUCGGGUUAGCCACAGAAGGGUUUUAUUCUCCUUUUGUGGCACCUUAUCUUGUUUCCAUGUGGCAGUACUUUUGUGACACCAUUGCACUUGUGCCUGUUCAAAGGGCGAAGUCCUCAGAGUCCUGUGCUUACAUCAUGCGUAUCGGAACAAUAAAUCAUUUCAGUACUUCAUGCAUAUAAAAUCAACAGGUUGAUUCUUGAGCGAACCUCUCUUAAAUUGAUCCAUGUGCACUCUGUUACACACAGGAAGCACCUGCUGUAGUGUAUGCAGAAUAGUGGCCUUGAGUGAGUGCUCUGGAGGUGCUGAGCUGGAUCUGAUCCAUAUCACACAGACUGACAGCUCUCGCCCUCACAACGUCUGCAGCACUGUGCUAUUUCACCGUUGAGGGAAGUGGAAGGUAAUGUGGUUUUGCUUGCUGUUGUGUUUCUUCUGUUCCUAUUGCACUUUAGAAAGUAAGCUAACGUAGCAGUCUGUGAAAAGCAGUCUGGCCUUUUAGCGACUGUUAUUUUGGACAUCGCCAGUCGUUUUCAGAAUUGUGACUGGGCACAGCUGAAGUUAAUUCACUGUGUAAUCAAUAUUAGUAAUCUUAACACUUCAUAAUAAAUGUAGAUCGUAUCUGGUAACAAAUCUUUCUACAUGCAUUUUUUUUCUUUUAACUAAAAUGAGAGAUGCUUCAAAUGGUCAAACAAGCUUUUACUGAAUUUGUGUUAUGUAACUACCAGACAAUCAAUAGUAAUCUUUUGUUUAAAUAAUGAUUAAUGCAUGUUGCAAAAGCAAAACUCUGGCUUUGUUAAAAAGAAAGAUUUCCUGAACCUCGAUACAGUCGUCG